CUCGAAAUUGAAUGAUUGGUGGGGGGUGGGGGAUUUCGAAGCUUGAAGAUAUUUGCUUUAUCUUUUUCUGGAGGAUAAAUCUGAAGUGGGUCCCUUCAAAAGCAAUGGAAACUUCAUAUCUAGUUGUGUGGGUUGGGGGGUUUUCUCGCUGCUGCAUACUAUCAUCAUUGAUACUUAUCUGAUUAUUCAGUUUCUAGCGGUUUGUUCUUGAGCAGCUUGCAAGAGGCAAAUCGCCUGCUUUCUCAAUUUAUCCUCUUUGACAAGAUGCUUCAGAUUCUGGCUUUUCUUUCAAGUCCUUUCUUUGCCUUUCAGUCUUAUGAUCCAUUGAGUUGGUCAUGCCAUGUUCAAAAGUGAGGCCCAGCUAUUGCGGUUACCAAGAAACGUGAAUUUUUCUGGCUUUCAGGGUGCAGAAGAAUUGAUGAAUCUUGGACAAGCUCCUUCAAUGCAGAUCUGAUCUUGACCAGCACUACAAAUUGAAGGAUCCAUGGUGGAUACAUCUCAUAGCUAUAAGUAGAUAGUAGAUAUCUGAUCUAGUGAGAGAGAGAGAGAGAGAGAGAGAGAGAGAGAGAGAGAUUCGGGGACAAUGAAAUCUCCUGUAGAAGAUAAGAGCUGCUACAGUCAGGGACCAACGCAGGAGAUCUCAAGUGGUAGUUCCAUCGGCUUCGAGUUUCACCGGGCGAAUGGAACCAAUCGAGCUUCCCAUCAUCAUCGGACUGCUCUAGGCAAACCGACCCCUUCCAAAUGGGAUGACGCACAGAAAUGGCUGGUCGGGAUUUCACGAGUGGGAGGAGACAAGAGCCAGUCGAAAACCAAACCGAGAAACUCCAAUGCCGACGACCGGAGAUUGAUUGCCCCAGCCCCGCCAGAGCAGGAAUAUUCCAGCAUGGACCAUGAAAUGGCAGGUCAGUAUGAAGUGGAGACGAAGAAGGUGGAGUGCGAUGAGUCCGUCUGGCGGAUCAAUAAGCCAGCGCAGAAUUGCAUGCCCGCUGUACGAUCAGUGUGCGUGAGGGACAUGGGGACUGAUAUGACUCCCAUUGCGAGCCAGGAGCCAUCCAGGACUGGAACCCCAAUCAGAGCCACAACUCCUGCUGCUCGAAGCCCCAUCAAUUCGGGAUCUUCUACUCCUGUCAGGUGUCAACAUGGGGUUGUGUCAAUAGAAGGCAGAGGUGGGGUUGCUCCUUCUACCAAUGGUCCACGAGUGAUCGGUGCCUGUAUGGAAGGUGCGCAUGCUUGUGAGCAUAGUGGGAACAUGAGUUUGGAUCACGCAAAGAAGUUGAGUCCUCUGGAAUCGCGAGCAGUGGCGUGGGAUGAGGCGGAGCGCGCCAAGUACAUGGCCAGGUAUAAGCGCGAGGAGGUAAAGAUUCAAGCCUGGGAAAAUCACGAGAAAAGGAAAGCUGAAAUGCAAAUGAAAAAGAUGGAGGUCAAGGCUGAGAGAUUGAAAGCUCGCGCACAGGAGAAAUUAGCAAACAAACUCGCUUCCACGCGGAGAAUAGCGGAAGAGAAGCGUGCGAAUGCAGAGGCUAAGCUGAAUGAGAAAGCGGUGAGGACAUCGGAGAGGGCAGACUAUAUAAGGAGGACUGGUCACUUGCCCUCUUCGUUCUCGCUCAAGCUUCCUUCCCUCUGCUGGUAGAGCUCUAGCAAUGUAACUAUAUCCUAAAAUUUUUCCAAAAGAGAAAUCGUUGUUUGCACGUCUAAUUCGUUGAUGCAAAACUUUCAUGGAUUCAAGAUUAUAGUUAUGGUGAUUGUUCAUGUCAUCCGUCUUGUGGAAGAAGUAUGCAUAUCUUGAAUUUCGUCAGUG